UGAUGAAAAAACUAAUAGUGCUUGCAUUUGUGGUGGCAGCGGUGAUACAAUUGCUGGUGAUAGUAGUUGCGCUUGUUGUGGUAGCUUCGGUGACAAAGGUAAUAAAGUCUGCAUUCAUGAUGACACAAUUGCUGGUGGUGGUAAUGGUGAUGACGAAGAUACUGAUAUCUGUGUUCGUGGUGACAUAUCUAAUUGUUCUUGUAAAUGA